GGUUUCUGUAGAAACAGGCACCCGGUGUCUCCAUAGCAAUGCCUCCAGUAAAUUCCACCCCCCCCAGGCUACCUACUGCGCAUGCCUGGGAGCUGAGGUCACCGGGCCAGGCGCCGGAAGUGAGCCUCUCAGCGCCGGAAGCGACCGGCAAAGGCGACCUCGUGGAGAAGGUGGAAUGGGGCAGUCUGGAAGGUCCCGGCACCAGAAGCGUGCGCGCGCCCAAGCAAAGCUCUCCAACCUCGAGGCCUAUGCCACGCAGCCGCACUCUUUCGUCUUCACUAGGGGCCGCACGGGGCGCAGCGUCCGGCAGCUCAGCCUGGAUGUGCGGAGGGUCAUGGAGCCGCUCACCGCCACCCGCCUGCAGGUUCGCAAGAAGAACACACUGAAGGACUGUGUGGCCGUGGCCGGGCCCCUGGGAGUCACGCAUUUCCUGAUCCUGAGCAAAACUGACAGCAGUAUCUACUUGAAGCUCAUGCGCCUUCCGGGAGGCCCCACCUUGACCUUCCAGAUCAAUAAGUACACACUUGUGCGCGAUGUGGUCUCCUCGCUGCGACGGCACCGCAUGCACGAGCAGCAGUUCACCCACCCGCCUCUGCUCGUGCUCAACAGCUUCGGCCCCCACGGCAUGCAUGUGAAGCUCAUGGCCACCAUGUUCCAGAACCUGUUCCCCUCCAUCAACGUGCACAAGGUGAACCUGAACACCAUCAGGCGCUGCCUCCUCAUUAACUACAACCCCGACUCGAAGGAGCUAGACUUCCGCCAUUACAGCAUCAAGGUUGUCCCCGUGGGUGCCAGCCGGGGCAUGAAGAAGCUGCUGCAGGAGAAGUUCCCCAACAUGAGCCGCCUACAGGACAUCAGCGAGCUGCUGGCCACGGGCGCUGGGCUGUCGGACAGCGAGGCAGAGCCCGAUGGUGAGCACAAUAUUACAGAGCUGCCGCAGGCUGUGGCAGGGCGCGGCAACAUGCGGGCCCAGCAGAGUGCCGUGCGGCUCACAGAGAUCGGUCCGAGGAUGACGCUGCAGCUCAUCAAGAUCCAGGAGGGUGUCGGCGAGGGCAGCGUGCUCUUCCACAGUUUUGUGCACAAGACAGAGGAGGAGCUCCAGGCCAUGCUGGCGGCCAAGGAGGAGAAGCUGCAGCUCAAGGCACAGAGGCAGGAGCAGCAGGCCCAGAACGUGCAGCGCAAGCUUGAGCAGCGUGCGGCCCACAAGAAGAAGAGCCUGGCAGGCAUGAAGAGACCACGGGCUGGGGCUGAUGGGGACAGCGACGCUGAGGACCCAGGAGUACCCCUAGAGGCAGAGGGGCCUAGCCGCCGGUGGCAGGAGGAGGAGGAGGAAGAGGAUGAAGCCGAGUACUUCCGCCAGGCUGUGGGCGAGGAGCCUGAUGAGGACAUGUUCCCCAGGGCCAAGCGGAGACGGCUCGCUGGGCCCCCAGGCAAGAAGCAGGUGAAGGAGCCGAGGCCUCGAGGCCGGGGUCAGGGCACUGGCCAGAGGCUGCCCAAGCCCCAAGGCAGGCCCCGUGGAGCCCCGGCCAAGCUGGGACACAGAAGGGGUGGCCAGGGCCAAGGCCAGGGGCGGCUGUCCAGGAGAGGGCCCUGAGCCUAGCCCUGCAGAGCAUGGACGCCCCAGAUUGGGGCCCGAGCGGCACCCUGAGGCCCUCGGUUUCCUUUCAUAAAGGAGCUGCUGUCCCCACUUUCCCCUGCAAUAAAGGAGCAACCCUG